GCUAAGGCAAUGAAUAAUACUGCAAUGAACCAAACAGACUGUCCUGAGGUAAAGGUCCCUUUUCCUGUCUUCUUCACCGUUGGAAUUGUCAGCCUGGCGGAGAACCUCUUGGUUGUGGUGGCUGUCAUACGCACGAGAAACCUCCACUCACCCAUGUACUGCUUCAUGUGCAGCUUGGCUGCCUUCAACACCAUUGCCAGCUUGUCAAAAACCUGGGAAAACCUGAUGAUAGUUUUUGCUGAUGUGGGGCACCUGAAGAAGAGAGGUCCUACUGAGACUGAUCUAGAUGAUGUGAUGGACUCCCUACUUUGCAUGUCAUUUGUUGGCUCAAUAUCCAGUUUUCUGGCCAUCGCUGUUGACAGAUACAUCACUAUAUUCCACGCUCUACGAUACCACAACAUCAUGACAAUGCAGCGGACUGGAGCUAUCUUGGGGCUCAUCUGGACUUUAUGUGCAGUGCUAGCUGUACUAAUGGUGAAAUUCUCAGACUCCUAUUUCAUCAUAAUUUGCUUCAUUGUCUUCUUCAUCAUCUCCCUGGCAGCUAUCUGCUUCCUUUAUGUCUACAUGUUCAUGAUGGCCCGCAUUCAUGCCAGGAACAUUGCAGCUCUACCUGGUUGUGGCAGGGACAAAUCUCAGCAUAAGAGGAGGUGGGGCAGUAAUAUGAGAGGGGCUCUCACUCUCACCAUUCUGUUUGGGGCAUUUGUAGUGUGUUGGGCGCCAUUUUUCGUCCAUCUUAUUAUCAUCAUGGUAUGUCCUUUGAAUCCAUAUUGCGAAUGCUACAGAUCCUUGUUUCAACUUCAUGUGGUGCUGAUGAUGAGCCACGCCCUUAUAGACCCAGCGAUCUAUGCCUUCCGCAUGGCUGAACUUAGGCACACUUUCAGAAAGAGGUUGUUUUGUUUAAAAUGGAAAUUGUAA